AUGACGGUCACCUACACCGCCAGAGUCGCUAACGCCCGAUUCUGUGGCUUUUCCAAACUGCUCCUGGCCUGGAAAGGCAGCAUCUACAAGGUGCUUUACAAAGAGUUCCUGGCUUUCUUUGCCAUGUACACAGCCAUCAGCAUCACUUACAGAUUUUUCCUCUAUGAUGACCAGAAGAGGUAUUUUGAAAAGCUGGCAAUUUACUGCAACCGCUAUGCCAGUCUCAUCCCCAUGUCCUUUGUGCUGGGUUUCUACGUGACCCUGGUGGUGAACCGCUGGUGGAGUCAGUACACCAGCAUCCCGCUGCCCGACAGGCUCAUGUGCGUCCUGUCCGGGGGCCUCCAGGGGAACGACGAGCGAGGCCGCUUGCUGAGACGCACCAUGAUGCGCUACGCCAGCCUCUCGGCCCUGCUCAUCCUCCGCUCCGUCAGCACCGCCGUCUUCAAGCGCUUCCCCACCAUGGACCACGUGGUGGAGGCCGGAUUUAUGACAAGAGAUGAGCGAAAGAAGUUUGAGGGUCUUCACUCUCCUUACAACAAAUACUGGAUCCCGUGUGUCUGGUUCACCAACCUGGCUGCUGUGGCUCGCAGCGAGGGCAGGAUCAAAGAUGAUCACACGCUCAAGCUUCUCCUGGAGGAACUGAACGGUUUCAGAGGGAAGUGCAGCAUGCUGUUUCAUUAUGACAUGAUCAGCGUGCCCCUCGUGUACACUCAGGUGGUGACUCUGGCAGUCUACAGCUUUUUCCUGGUGUGUCUGAUCGGCCGGCAGUUCCUGGACCCCAGCCAGGGUUACCCGGGUCAUGACCUGGACGUCUAUGUGCCCAUCUUCACGCUGCUGCAGUUCUUCUUUUACGCCGGGUGGCUCAAGGUUGCAGAGCAGCUGAUCAACCCUUUCGGUGAAGAUGAUGAUGAUUUUGAGAGCAACUGGCUGAUCGACAGAAACUUUCAGGUGUCCAUGAUGGCCGUGGACGAGAUGUAUGGAGAUCUGCCGAUGAUGGAGCGAGACCGCUACUGGAACGACUCCAAUCCCCGACCGCCCUACACGGCAGCUACGCUCUUUGUCCUCCGCAAACCCUCCUUUCAGGGCUCCACCUUUGACAUGGCGAUCCCAAAGGAGGAGAUGCACUUCCAGCCGUUGGAGGACAUUGCUGAGAACCUGGAGGAACCAGGCACUCGCCACCCCAACAUGGCCCUGUUUAACCGCCUCCUCAACGCGGCCCCGUCCCCCACCGGCUUCAUGGGAGGAGCUCUCCGCCGCACCUCGGCUCAGCUGCAGAGGCUGUACCACUCGCCCAGCAUUGACAGAUGCAGCAGCGACGAGGAGGAGGAGGACGAGGACAAGAGUUGUAAAAUUGGUAAAGGAGGGUCGCUGCCGUCGGGGCUGGGCCAGGACCCACAGAGCACCGUGUGCAGCUUCAGGGAGGAGAAGAGUACCAGGACGCCUCUGGUGGACGUCCGGUUUGGGGAGGAGCAGGAAAGACGAGGAGGAGACGCAUCAUCCAGCGAGAGCAGGGAUGUAAGGAGAGUCAAAGGGGGCCAGAGGGAUGAAGACGGAGCUAAAGCCGAGCCAGAGGAGACCUGCAGAGAGCCGGUGUCACUGCUUCCCCCUCCGCCUCGGUCCUCCAGAGAGACGUCAGCUCGCCCUGCCUCUGCCGUCCCCGUCACACCCCACCACCUCCCUGCUUUCCUGUUUCCCCCGGCUGGCCAGUCCAGUCUGGAGCACUGCAGCUCCCAGCCAGCCAUCAGCCACCCCAGGGCCACGCCCGGCACUCCCAAACCAUUCGCCGGGAGCAAAAUGCCCCUCCUCACCGUGCCGUCUUACAUGGAGCCGCAGCGCCUCCGCAGCGUGAGCAUGGGGUCAGAGUUCACAGGGUCCUGAAGCCAACAAACCUUUGGUCACGUGAACCCACGCAGGUUUUCUUCUAUAAAUGGAAGAAAUCACUAAAGUGGGACUAAUUGUCACUCCUGAUUGCUCCUAUAGCACAACAUAGUUGUAAUUUAAAUAAAUGUAAUGUACUGCAUAAUAGAUUCUAUGAUUUUUUUCCCCCCUAAGACUAGUACUCGUUUUUGAAAUAAACCUUUAAUCUCCUGUAGAUUUUAAAGAUGAAAAGCAGGGAAGAGUGAGGAGUUAAUGCUGGAUUUGUGACCAGUGGACAUUUGAUGACCAGUAAAAGCAAAAGAACGUUCUGACAAUUUAUUAAAUCCAUGUCUGUGCGACAGAAAAACUAAAUCUGAUUUAAAAUUUUGCCAAGUAAAAAUACACAUUUCUAUUCAGCAUACUUUACUUUGAUACCGUGAAAACACUGUCCUUAAAUCCACCAAAACAUGGACAGUAAACCGAGACUCUGUCAAUGGAGGAGCUGCAGAGAACCGUAAGCUCAGGUGGGAGCAAAACUAUUACGGUACUCCUGUACCCGACAAGUCUGUUCUUCGUAAUCAGAAACGAGAAGUUAGCCACUGUUAAAAGAAAGCCUUUGGAAAUCAUGUAACCUGUAUCUGUCUGUCACAUAAGAUCCCAAUAAUAUACAUCGAGGUUUGUUAUAAUGUGAUGGUAGGGUAAGAAUACUUUUGCAAGUCACUGUAUGUUUGGGUAGCUCUAAUAUCUCUUAGGCGUUGAGUAAAAUGUUUUGAAAAGUUCAUUAUUUAUGAUUAAAUAAAACCUUAUGGAUCAAUUCAAUAAC